AUGCUGGGCGAAGAGCUGAAAGCAGCAGUGGAGAGCUUCCGCUUCCCCGACCUUACUGCCGAGGUCACAGUCGAAGCGGACGAGCCGAUCGACGGCGAUCGGCGGAUACGGAAGCGCUGCGGGUCAUCGGCUGAUGUGUCCAUGGUUGUGACGGUGGCGAAACUCGAGAGGAAGACAGAGAUCAGAGCGAAGAUCGCUAAUGCUCAACGGCGCAAAGCUACGGGACAGCCAAGUACGUUAGGGCCGGGCGAGCAAGACGAGGAAUGCGAUAUAUGCUGUGGAACGGAACGGAUCGAUGCUGUGAUUGUGGGUCGCCUGGACGAUAUCGUCCAAAGUAAGCCAGCGCUGGAUAUCGAUGAACAGAAGAUCAGGUCCGGAAAGGCUGCACAGAUCAUCAACCGAUCACACUGUACGCUCAACGUCAGCCUUGAUAUCUCCAAGUUCAUACUUCGCAAUCGGGCUCCAACGCUCCAUCUGUACUACGCGGCCGAGUUCGGCUGUCGCACAGGCGCUCGGCUGAUAACCUUGCGGCAACGUCGAUCGUACCCGAGCUCAGUGCUGGCGCAAAGUGGCCGAUCGGAGACAUCGCGUGUGUACAAGCUAGGCGAGGCCGUCAACAUCGAUAAGGCGGCAAGAUACAUGGAUUGGACACCAGUGCAGAUGAAGCACUCGAACAGCCUUGCACGGUCGGGGGCACCUCAACGUGACUGA